GCUUUUUACAAAAGCAUUGUCUGUUAUCGUUGAAGAGGCCAGGUGAAUCCUUCUCUCUCCCGCCUUCAUCCAUGAUCGAGGAAAAUUUUUCUCUUGAACCCUUCUCUCCCGCCUUCAUACCUGCUUGAAGAACCGAGUCAUUCUACUUUCGCUGGAACCAAUUUGGUGAAACCCCACCACCCGCGAAAAUCCCUGAUCGAUAAAGGAGUUCGGCUGCGUUUGAUCCAAGCUCUCCCUCAACCCUAGUCUACACUUCCUUCGUUUGACAUCGCAGUGAAGAAACCCCUGUAACCGAAGAUUUUGGUUAAAUCCCUCUCAACAUCGGUAGUGCGAACUCGGCUGGAACCCUUUUGGUGAAAUUCCUGCUCUCCAUCUCUCUCGUCUCUCAAAUCUUCAAGCCUGAACUAGACCAGACCAUUUUCGGUUCAGGGUUUUGUGCAGUUUUGAAUACUGUGACAAGUUGGACAGGGGAGAGGUUGAGAGGGAAGAGGUUGGAAGUUGGAACCUAUCCACUGUGCUCUUUCAUCCAGACAACAAUGGACAGCAGAGCUUUAUUUGCAAUUAGGGGGGUAUCAGUAUCCCCUCUGUUUCAGCUGCAGCGGUAUCAUGCUUGGUCAUGUGGUUCGGGAGCUCGCAACAUAUCAGCUAGAUCUUCUCUUCUUCCCCCAGACGUACAAAGUUUAGCUGAGACAGCUCGCAUCUCUCUGACCCCUAAGGAGGUUGAGGAAUUCGCUCCCAAAAUUCGGCAAGUAAUUGACUGGUUUGGACAACUUCAAGCAGUUGAUCUUCAAAGUAUUAAGCCUGCACUUAGGGCAGAUACUGAAGGUGGAAAUUUUCAUAAUGAUGUGUCUGAAUCAUUUGAGAAUAGGGAGGCCAUGUUAGCAGCUGUUCCAAGCUACGAGGAGCCAUACAUCAAAGUUCCCAGGGUUUUGAACAAGGAGUGAUGUUGUUUGGUUAACUAAUCAUCUGUAUUUGUCCCUUGUCAAGUAUGUUUACCCCAAUCAAAAUAUUUUAUUUCUGGAUUUUUCUUCGUCUCAAUAAGAUAAUCUUCCCCUA